GACGUUUUUCGCUGUGACACUCACUCCUCCUCUUUCUCCUCCUCCGCCACCCUCAGCCUUACCCACCCACCCCAGAUCUAGGUAGAUCCUCCACCCUUUAGAGAGAUCUUCUUAUCCUUCUCCUCAGUGUCUUCCCUUCUUUAUUUCUUCCGACCUCGUCCUCUUGAGUUCUCCCUUCCCUUUCUUUAGGACAGGUCCCUCUGUCCAAUGAGGCACUAAUAGGGGAACAGAUACCCUGAUCUGUAUAUCCCCCAUUAUUGAUUUUGGGGAGUGGGAGGACGGUAGGUGGCAGCUACCAUAUACAGAACGAUUCUCUCUCUCUCUGCCUCAUCACAGGAACCACACUGUUAGCGCGAAUCGGAUGGUGGCAGCUUGGAGGUGGAGGUGGCUGAUUUUAAACUGAUAUUGGGAGCCCAGUGCUAACUCCCCCAAGCCUUUGAGCAAAUAAUCAGCCUGGAUUCAUCUGCCGCUGCCAGGAUGUUUUGGCAUUGCUUGCUGCCAGCUGUGCCUGCUGGGUAGGUGCCCCCAAUCUUGGACCCAUUCGAUAAUUACUGUGCCUUGGACAACUUUGCUGCUGUCUGGAUUGUUACUUCUGGAUUGCUGUCUGCCGCAUCGAAGGUGCCACUGCUCGUCUUUUUCUUCCUGAGCCUUUUAGGCAGGAGUAUGUUCUGUCAGGCACAUCCUCACAGAGAUCUUGGAUUUAUAUCGCUCCUGGCCAGUUGAUUCUGUCACCUUGAUAGGUGGCCCAAGGACCUCACUCAUUGCCUGGACAUUAUUGUGGCAUCUUUCGACGGGAUGGUAGCACAAGGCUCAUGGUGGCACCAGCCGCAUCUUGCUGCGAAACUUAGGUGCCGAAAUGAGAGUUGAGAACAGAGAUUUUGGAACGUCACCCAAGCAGGACUUGGCAUUCCAGCCCAAGGAAAUCACUCAUACACUCAUACGAAACUUAUGGAGCUGCAGAGACAUUCCAAAUCUAUAAGAGAUCCUCAUAAACUACCAGAGGCUUUGGAAACCUCCUACCUGCAAGAAUCCAUAAGCAAUGUGGGACAGCACAUCAAGCUGGAGAUGGGAGUCGAGGGAGAGGAUGCCCGAUCUUCACCUCCUAAACUCUCUCGCCCACCAGCACCUUCUCCUAGUGGCACCCUUGUUCAGAGCUUGAAUGGGUUACCAGGAGCAGACAGGCGGGUACAUGCUCCUGGAGUGACAACAGGAGGCCUCGACCAAGGAGAAACCUCUCGACUAGGGCAUUACUUGUUGAUUGAUAGUCAAGGGCUGCCAUAUACUGUACUGGUGGAAGAGGGAGUGGGGACAGCAGGGGGCCCUGAAGGGGGUGGGAGUGGGGGGACCUUGCGCAAGGUAUAUAGCUGCCCUGUAUGCUUGCGAACAUUUGAGUACCUGUCUUACCUGCAACGCCACAGCAUUACUCACUCAGAAAGUAAGCCCCAUGUCUGCCGAGCAUGUGGCAAAGCUUUCAAGCGCACUUCCCACUUGGAGCGCCAUAAGUAUACCCACUCGGGCCGGAAGCCUCAUCAGUGCCCCAUCUGUCAGCGCCGCUUCCGUGACUCUGGAGAGCUCUCACAUCACCAGCGGGUGCACACUGGCGAGCGACCGUACCAGUGUGAAGCGUGCCACAUGCGCUUUGGGGAGCGCAACACCCUCCAAAGGCACAUCCGCCGGAAGCACCGUCUGCAGCUCCUCCCCACACCGUAAAGACUGAUCUUGGGAGGGACUUAAUUUGGCCUGAAGACCUAUUUAGGAAAGUGUCAUCCAGGCUGCGCUAGCUUCCAUGCAUGCUAUGGUAAUCCUAGCCUGCUUAAAUCUGCCUGUGUUUUAUGAAUCUGAUACUUCCACAUCGGUCAGCCCAACGACAACUUGUUCCAUAGGAAAAACUGGAGUGGAGAAUUUCUCCCAGGUGUGCUAAAAAUUAGCAGGCAUGCUGAAACCAGCUUGCCAAGAUUUGGCAUGGACAUCUCCUACUUUCUCAUGCCAACAAGGACCUAGUAUGGUCUUUUAUAGAUACUAGAGCGUGUCAUGCCUGUAUGUUCCCCCCCAACCUGCCAGGAAGAUCCUUUCCCUCCUGCUUCGCUCCCAGACGUCACUGUUACCACUGCCCCUAUAGGCAAUGCACACCUAGCAUGGAUACAAUGGCUGAACAUUGCUUCUCCACCAUACGAAGCAUAGCCUGGUUGCAUUUAGCUUGGCUACAGUGUUCUGGCAGGAGCCGUUUUCUCUUGCCAUGCCUAAAUGGCAGGGAGACUCCGACAGACACUGCCUAGACUUGCACAUGCUGCAUAAACGCUGCCUUUAUUAUCUAUGCCCAAAAGACGCGUGAUCAGGUAGGCUGACAUUGCAUGCCUAUUAAUAAUGCAUUUGUAGAACUGGUAUUGAAAUCUACCGCCUGCUGAGCCUGGAAAUAGGCCUCCCUUUUCAUGUAUCCGUCAACCCACAAACAGCAUGGACACCGUGGCCUGGUGGAAAACUACGGCAUUGCUAUCCAUUCUAGAGUUUGUAUAAAUAUUCCAACUGGUGUGGGAAGGGAUGCUAAAUUGGGCCGCUAUGAGGAUACCUUUUUUUUCUACAUAGGAUUUCAAAGAGAACAGAGCACUUUUGUCCAAGUGAAUGAUAGAAGAGGCUGGGUAAAAUGUCAGCUAAACUCCAUAGCUCCUGGAAAACAAGGAUUUGGCUCUAAUGUGAAAUUAGAAAGAAGUGAGGGGAGGUGUGUUUCUUUUACAGCCCCACAGGUACUGCUUUUGGAAGGCUACAGAGGACCAUGGUUUGGUUGAAACUAGGAGGAAUCGGAGUGAUGUUUGCUUUAUUAAGCCUCCCCUCUUUCCUCUCAAAAUUCAAGCACUGCUCCACUUUGAUUUUUACAACCAUAAAAACCCAGUGUAGGAAGCGAGGCAGUGAAGGAUAAAAUAUGGGACAUUCCUUUACUGUCAGGCCUGAGCACUCUUAACUUGAAACCCUCAAUUUUUUUCAAGUGAAAAAUUGGUUACUCAGGAUUCCUUCCAAAAGAUUUUUAGUUCAGAUUUCAGUCAGUUCCAUGUAUGGACUCAUCUAUACUCUUGUCAGGUCUAGUUUAAUUUCUUUUAAUUUCUCAAAUUAGGUGGCACCAUUUUAACCCAGCUCCUCAGAUAAUUUUGGGCCAAAACUGGUGAAGUCUUAACUCUGAACUAGUGUUUCUAACCUCAGCACGCUGGCUGGGGAGUUCCAUGGAUUUUCAUGUUGCUGAAGUUGAGAAACACUUCCCUAAACCCCAGGAUGGCAGCAAAAGACACCCCCCCCCCCCA